AUGGCUCUGCUUUACGUCCUCGUACUUUUGGUCCUGACAGUUGUACAGUCAGCGCACACACACACCGUCUCUCGGCGCAGUGCGUUGGAACUAGCCGGCGUUGUCAAGUGCAACACGGGCAGAUCAUCGCUGGCGUACGUCAUGUAUGGCUGUUACUGUGGAGUUGGAGGAGAGGGGUGGCCUAGAGACCCUGCAGACUGGUGCUGCCACAAACACGACUGCUGCUACGCCAGGGCGGAGAAACGAGGCUGUAACACCAAGAUACACACUCACCCCUGGAACUGCAACAUCCAAACACUCAACUGUGGAUCCCUGACGAACCGUUGUGAGAAGAUGUUGUGCGUGUGUGAUCGGGAUGCAGCGAACUGUUUGAAAAAAGCGCCGUACAACCUCAAAUACAUCGCAUGGCCCGACUUCCUGUGUGGUCCUGAACUGCCUACCUGUGCCUACCACUGA